AUGCUUCGAAAUCAGAUUGAAAUUGGGCUCGAUUGGGAAAAGGUUACAACUGAGGAAGGCGAGAUCUAUUAUUACAACUCCAAGACUAAGGAAACCAGUUGGACCUUGCCAGAAGGAGCUGAACUAGACAAUGGCAAAGUAAAUAAAUGGGAAGAAUAUAAGACCGAUGAUGGAAGGAUAUAUUAUUAUAACGAAGGAACCGGAGAAACAACUUGGGAUAAACCAGAUGAAUUUAAACCCGCGGCAGCGCAAGUUGAAAAGAUUGAUACCUCAACUGAGACUGAAUUGGAUGAAAAAUUGAAAAGCAUGCCAAUCGAGACAACGGUUCUUGAAGACUCGAAACCACCCGAAGUCGCAGAACAGGACUAUGUCAAAUUAUUAUCUGAAAAUAAUGUUGAUUCCACUUGGUCAUUCCAGACAGUUAUGGAGAGAUUAAUUUCGAAACCAGAAUAUUGGGCUGUUCCUGAUCCUUUAACAAGAAAGAAAUUAUAUGAAGAAUAUUUGGUUACCAAAUUUCGAGAAGAAUUGUCUAAUAAAGCCCUUCUUGUUGACAAUUUUAAAAAGAAUUUCCAUGAUGAAUUAAAGAAAAAGAAAGAUAAUGGGACUCUCACAUACAAUACUCGAUGGCUUACUAUACGAAAAGCCAUGAUUGCAGAGGAAAAUCCAAUAUUCAGACAUUCAAUUAUGCUGGACGAGGAAAUGGCAGCCAUGUUUUAUGAAUAUGUUGAUAUUUUAAAGAAAGAACACGACGAUAUACUUGAUGCUCAGAAGAAACAAGCAUUGUCCGAAUUAGAGGCAUACUUAACUCAAAUAAAUGCUGAUUUGGUAAAUCUGUCAAAAAGCUGGGAAGGUCUCUAUAAGAAAUUAAUGACAGACUCCCGUUUCAAGGCAAAUAAACAUUUUCAAGUUUUAAGUCAAAUGGAUAUAUUAAACUUAUAUGAAAGUAAGAUUUUCCCAAAUGUAAUAGACAAGAUACGAGAAGAGGUCAAGACAAUAGAGAAACAAAAUUAUAGAACUGAUAGAAAAGCUAGAAAGAACUUCAGGGAAUUUCUUAAAACAUUGCCGAUAAAUGCCAAUUCUUCUUUUAGUGACUUUUUCUCCAUUUUUGAAAACGAAGAUUCUUUUAUUGAAUUAUGUGGAAGGAAUGGAUCUACUCCUUUAGAAUUAUUUUGGGAUGUAGUGGAUGAAAAGAAGCAAUUAAUGAAAUUAAAGAAAGACUUGAUGGAAGCUGUUUUAUUGGACUUAAGAAAGCAAGACCCUCUUUCAUAUUCACUCGAGAAGGUUCUCAACUCCAAGGAAGAGUUUUUGGAAGUUAUAUCAAAGGCAAAAGAUGACAGGUUAUCGAGCUUAAAUCUUCAAGGUACAGAUUUAGAGGAUAUAUUCAUUUCGUUGAAGCGCGAAUACGAGAUACAACUAGAACAAGAACGAAUCAAACUUGAAAGGAGUUUGAAAUAUUCAGAAAGAGAGUUUGCCGAUUGGUUAGCUCACAGCCAUGACAAACUAGAUUUUAUUUCGAUUGGUGAUGAGGAUAAGCUCAUUCUGUUGAAGCCGUUGAUCAAUCCAGAUGGAAGUAAAGCCUAUGAGCUAAAGUCUGAUUUGGACUUAAGCGAGGUGGUUAAAAGUUUUGAGCUGCUCGAUGGUUUCAAAGAAAUAAUGAAACUUACAAAAGAGAUGGAUAUGGAAUUGCAGGCAAGCGUUAAGCAUAUACUAGAUGAAUUCGCUAGUAUUCUUCUGAGAAAGCAUUCAAAGAAGAGAACUAUGAGCAUUGGCUCCGAACAACCAGAUGCUAAAAAGGCUAAAACUGAAAAACCUUCCCAAUCCCUAAAGCCAUAUUUGACAGCAGUUAGAGCUUCUUUGACAGCAGCAAUCUGUUUACAAGAUUUCUCAUCCCAAUUGGUGGAAAGACAUAAUAGACCAGAAAUCGAAGUUGAUAAUACACAUAAUCCUGAAUUGAUUCUUAAUCCAAUGGUGAUAGCUAGAAAUGAAAAUGAAAAAAUCUUGAUUGAACCUUCCAUUAAUUCCGUUAGAAUUUCAAUUAAGAUCAAACAAGCUGAUGAAAUUGAACAAAUAUUGGUUCAUAAAUUCACAAGAUUCUUGACAUCUAGAGCCGAGAAUUUCUUUAUCUUGAGACGAGUUCCAAUUAAGGGAUAUGAUAUAUCAUUCUUGAUCACUAAUUUUCAUACUGAACAAAUGUUGAAGGAUAAAUUGGUUGAUUUUAUUAUAGAGUUUAUGGAAGAUGUUGAUAAGGAAAUUAGUGAAAUGAAAUUAUUCUUAAAUGCAAGAGCAAGAGUGAUUGCCGAAUCUUUUUUGACUCCAUUUGAUUAA